GUCUCCAGAGAACGAGCUAGCCCACCUCCGACCUGGUUUUCUUUCUAGGAGUGCCCCUUUCUCUAUGAUGGCAUGGAAAGGAGCUUAUGAAUCACGAAAGAAUUGGGCUGCGUGGGAUUUCAUCUAAGCCAGCCUUUUGCUCUGAAGCGGAAACAGCUCACGUAAAGGUGUUGCUUUAACGUAUUUUCAAACUGCCUGUUGAAAGAGAUUUCCUCUCCGCCUGAGGUUCUGGAGAUUGGGGGAAGUUCCCAGUGACUGGAAAAAGGAAAUGUUACACCCAUCAUCACGAAAGGACAAGGACAAGAAAGAAAAACUGGGUCUGUCUGGUGCAGGAAAAGGUGGAUGAAGGAUGAAUCGCUUUGUGUUUCUGGCAGUACUGAUCUCCCUGAGGACUGCAUACUCAUAUCAAGAAUCCCUUGUGUUUCCAGUAACGUACCUUAGUGUUUCCAAAGAUUUGCCUCUUCAGCGUCUGCUGGUGGAAUGGGAUGUCGGCAAGUCAGCGCAUGAUGCUGAGCUUUCGAUGUCUUUUGAAAUACAAGUCAGCCGAACAGAAGAAAAUACUAUUGUGUGGACAGAGUUUCAUAAUGUCACACUUGACAAAUCAGGAGAGCCUCUUCAUUGGAACUGGGAUUCGGACUUACCUUUGGAGUGUAUGUCACACUCGGUGAGAAUCAGGAGUAAAGCAGAAACAUCAAAAAUCUGGAGUCAGUGGAGUCUGUGGGAGACUGUCCUGGGCCUGGACGCUUCAAAUAACGGUGGACUACAGAUCUUUCCAGAUGAAAAAGUUGUAGAGGAAGGCUUUGACAUCACUCUUUGCUGCAUCGGAAGGAAAGGUCAAAUCAUUAAGGAGUUCUUUUUAUCUCCAACUGCUCAUAAUUUCAGUCGCACAAACAGUCAAAUUGGACUGCUCACUGUGAAAAAUGUGGCACAUCAAGAAGUGCCUCAAAUCACAGUGUACUGUCAGGCGUCUUGCAAAGAAGAGGAAAAAGAGAAAUGCUACAGUCGUACAGUUUUCUUUGUGGGUAAACCGCCUGAUACACCUAAUGAUUUUUCCUGCCAAACUCAAGACAUGAAAACAGUAAUAUGUACUUGGAGCCGAGGAGGAGACACUUACCUCUAUGGACGUCAUUCAACAAAAUACACUUUGUUUGAAGAGUUUUCCCAAAACUUGAUUCCGUGCACAGUAAGUUGUUCUGAGCAGUGCUCGUGUUCUUGGGAUAUAAACCAGCAGAGGGUCUAUAAUAUCACACUGACUGUUGAAAACCCACUGAGAAAGAAAACUGCCAUGGAUGUUUUUGAUGUCACUCACAGAAUUUAUCCCUCUGUGCCUUUCCAGCUGUGGGAAGAAUGUACGGAUACAGAAAUCACAUUGUAUUGGAAAUAUCGAAACAAAGGAUUUGAACUCUUUUGCCAGACAGAAGUGCUCCACCCUGAUGGGAAGGCAGAACUGCAUAAUAGUUCAGGUGUGCAACUCCAGUAUGCCAGCAUCACUCUGGGUGGACUGCAGCCGUACACCGAAUAUACAGUUAGAGUACGCUGUGGGGCAGCUAAGCACUUCUGGAGGUGGAGUGAAUGGAGCGAAGCCCGAACCAUCAGAACAGAGGAAGCAACUCCAUCGGGGAAACUGGACAUCUGGAGAGAAAUUACACCAGUUUUGGGAGGGCGGAAUGUGACCUUAUUCUGGAAGCUAGCACCAAGUUUUCGAGCAAAUGGAAGAAGUGUUUCCUAUGAAAUAACCUGGGAGAAAGUAGAAGGGGACUCUAAGCCUGAACACAUCUCCGUUUCAUCAGUCUAUAAUAGCACAAGGAUUUCCAUUGAUAACUGUCCUUACAAAAUCAGUAUCGUGGCAAAGAACAAUGUUAAUUAUUCACUUCCUUCAGUAGUGAUCAUCCCUGGAGCUACAGGCACUGAAAAAGAGCUCAGCAGUUCAGAGCUUAAAGACGACCGGGUUAAUGGUACAGAUGAUGGCAUUUUUAUUUCUUGGGAGUCUAGAAAUACAUAUGACGGUUACAUUAUCGACUGGUGUAACUUUCCAACGUCGCAGCCCUGUGAUCUUCAGUGGAAGAGAUUUGGGCCCCACACUUCCAGUGCUCUGAUCAGCUCAGUUUCUUUUGUGCCGGGGGUGAGAUACAACUUCCACAUCUAUGGAUCUGUUGCUAAUACAGCCUCCUUAUUGGAGAAGAAGACUGGUUAUCUCAAGGAGCUCCCCCCCCUGCUUGACCCUACUGUGGAACAAGUUCAGCUGACUUUCCACGCAGUAACGCUGUCUUGGGAUUCUUAUCCCACAAAUGAGUCACAGCCUGGUUUUGUAAGAGGUUACCAUGUUUAUGUUUCUCCUGUGCAAGAGGACUGCAAUUUGAAAGAAUCUAAAAAACAUGUUCUUCCAGGUGGUUCAGUGCUAUGUAAAUAUAGAAUUGAAAACCCGGAAGAAAAGAGAUACACCGUGAAAAACCUCAUGCCAAAUACAAAAUACAAACUAGUGGUUAAAGCAUAUACAGGUGGAGGAGAGACUCCCAUUGUUAACUUUAUUUACAUAGAAACGCCGUUUAAUUCAAACGUGCUGUACCUUCUAGUCCUGCUAGUGAUUGUUCCUUUGGUAGUAGCAGCUCUAUGCCACUGGAAGAUGAAGUGGGUGAAGGAGUGCUGCUGUCCUGUAAUACCUAGUCCUAACAAGAGCAAAGUGCUUUCAUUUAAACAGAUUACGAUUGGUUCUGAGAAAGUACUGAAAGUCAGUGACUGCGUUCCUGAUGCUCUAGCAGUGGAUAAUAAGUCUGAAGCCCAGAAGUUGCAUUUGUGGAGCCACAUGUCUUCUACUCCAACAGAAGAUAAGAUUAAUGUUCACAAUUCUUCCUGGACUUACCCUAAUCAAAAUGGAGAGAGAGACUUUGCAUCCACACUGAAACCUAUAACUCACAGUUGGUUUGAAAACUUUGCUUAUUCUUCUCACGUUGCAGUUCAGUCUGACCCCUAUCAAAACUCAGAGCCGUCAGAAACAAGCAAGCCACACCUGUCAGCAGUGUUGUACCAGCCACAGUAUUACAUUGAUAUCUUGAAUGAAGAUGCUGUCUCAGCACACAGACAAUCAACUGGCACAAAGAGCAGUUUGAGAUAUAUUUCACAAACAGAUGUGCACUGUUUGGGGAGGAGGCUUUGAUGUACCUUGUACCAGGCGAUCCGUGCAGUGUUUGGGUUACAAAAUACAAAUUAGAGUUUCUGAAGCCACAAUCACUUCUCUUUUUUGAUGAAGACUUCUUGAUGAAGACUUUCAUCAGCCCUACUUCUGUUAAUGCUGCAAAGCUGUUGCUUCAGGAGUAGUUUAAAAAUACUGACUUUUGCACUGGAAUGAUGUGUGCUUGAUCACAAGUUUGGGCAUGAUGUAAGAAAGAUUUACAUGCCAAUAUUUUGUGGCCUAUAUUAUGUAGAGGGUCAGAUCAUAGCCCUUCUUCAUACCCUGACACAAAGAGCUGCCCUGCUGUGUAGAGGUUUAAAAACUCACUCAUUCAGCAAGCAGACAGGUAAGCAUAAUAGAUAGAUAGGUUGUCACAGGCAAGGUGUAUAUUCACUUACUUACUUAGAAUACUCCUCUGUGUGCACUUACUUACUACUGCUCUAGCCAGCAUAUAUUGUGAAAAUGUGCAUGGGACAGUACCUGGCAUCACCAUGUGCCUUGGGGUAUUUAUCAGAAGGUUAGGUCAGCCGGGGGUGCUGUGCUUGCCCCCAGAAUCACCAUGGAAGAGUCACCUGCAUUCAGCAUGGUGCAUUACUUCAGGAUUAGAAGUGACACUAUCCUGCAGAGACGGCUCUCUUGCUGCACCAACAGCCUACACCCUCCCUGCCUUCUCCUCGCUUGUAUAUUAAUGACACUUGCUUGGGACCACAGUGAGCCAAAGCCACCAUUUCAAAACAGAGUACUGCUUGGUCUCAGCAGGUGAAGGCGCAUGCAGACAACAUUUUACUAGUACAGGCCCUUGGUAGUAGGCUGCCACUCCCAUUUCUGGUAACUGGGGCUCCUGGCACCUCAGCCUACCUCUGGAAGAACGACCCUUUUAAAUUCCAAGCCAAGUCCUCUUGAAUUUAUUUAUUAAACAAAAAGUAGUGUGGGGGAUUAAAUUAAGAGGAGCUGUUUUUUUUAAGCAGGGCAGUUAUUUGUGGAGGUACUGUGAUGGCACUGUGUCUCCUCUUGUAUAACCUCAACUUAACUUGUUUAGGUAAUCAGAGUCUCUACUUAAAAUCUAAGCAGCUACAGACAAAAAGGAAUUGUUGCACUGAACCACAGCUAGGCGUUAUACUGUUGCUCAUCAGUAUUGACAUAAUGGAUACAAGCUGUGCUGCCACAGGAAAGCCAAUCAAUCAAAACUUAUAUAGACUUUGAAUAAUAAAAGCAUUGCCUUUUAAGUAGCAGGAGGAGUGUUCAUGCACAUGAAGGUGAAUUAAACAAAUACACAGAUUAUUGGGUUUGUGUUUAGAGGUAUCUGGUUAAAGGCCACUGCUCUGUGUCAAAGUCUAGAUUCCUCACGGAGGUUUAGUUGAGACACAGAGAAAAUGAACCGGUUAUCUCUUUCAGUCUUUAGACAGUGGAGCAAAGAAACACGUUUGGUGACAUUUUGAGAGAAACCAGCAAAGUAUUUGCUAUUUGAUGGCAACAUCCCCGAGAAACUUUUAUUCCUCCCUUAAUGUUUAUUUCCUUUGAGUCACAGUAAAUGUGAAAGUUUUCUUUUUGAUUGCUGAACAUCGUGGUAUCUUUACAACUUAGAAACUACUCCAAAGCAUUUCAUUGGAAUACAAAUAAUACUAGCGUUUUUCUCCAGCAGUAAGCCUUUUCAAGGGAACUGUUUUGUCACUACUGAAAUAAAACUUCCUCGUUGUUCAUUCUAAAAAGGCCCAUGCAUUUAAAAAGGUUUGAAAGGUAUCCUAAAUCAAGGCACAAACAUUAGGAAUUCCGAUACAGAACUCAAUCAAAGAAGUCAGCCUGUCCCAUGAAACACGUUUUAAAAAUGGUCCAGUUCUUAGUGCCAGAGCGGAGGGCUGCAACCACAGCAUGAUUUCCUACUUCUAAGCUACAAUUGCUGGGGCUUGGCUGCCCUACCUUAGCACAAGGCGUGACAGGGAGGGCGAUGUACCCAGUGGUGCUUCCUUGAUGUUCAGUGAGACGCUUGGCCCAGCAGCGAGGUUUCAGCUCAGCUCCUUUGUCUCUCCUGGGCAUAUCCAGCACAGGGGGAACCUCACCAUUGGGAGGCAGGGAAAGAUUUUACCAGGUACGUCACAUCCGGGCAAAAAACAGAGCCUGCUUGACAGCAGGAAGAGAAGUUAGCCCCUCUUCAUCAGUAAAACCUCCUGCUUGUUGAUGGUGCUCUUCAUGAAACUACCUGUACUUAAAAACACACAGGCAAGCAGGUAAUUCUGAGGAAGAUAAUGCCUUCGUAUAAGUCAAAGGGUACAGACAGGGCCUUAUAACUAGAGCUAAAGACAGAGACAGUAUUUUUGGCAGGGGGUGGGGGAUGUGUUGCCACACAUAACUUUUUUUUUUUAAAUCAUGUCUUGCAUUAGUUACGGUUGAAUGAGUUCAAAACUCAAAUCUUUGUUUGGUUUUCAAAAAUGGAAUUUGUGUGUUUUAUUUUUGUCAGUUUUUGUUUAUAAUUCAGCUUUCACAUCUACUUUUGAAAUGCCAACACUUAACAUGUGUAAACAUCACAUAAUGGAAAGUGAUUAAUUUUCAGUAUCAGUACACUGAAUUCUUUAAAUAAAAAUGGUGCACAAAAUAUUAGAGUCCCCUUCUAGUUUUACAAGACACCUUACAAAGUAUUAAUGUAAAAUAUAUUUUUGACAAAAAAAUAUUUGGAAAGCUUAAGGUCAUUCUAGUUAAUUAGUAACUUACAAAUAUAAAUAAAAUUCCAACCCAUUUCUAGUGCUGAGAGGUACAUAUGAGACAGAACAACUAUAAGAAGUUUAAGUACAUUUUAUUAACAAUGCAUCCCUUUGAUAAGAUUACGCUUCAGGAGGCUUAAUGCCCAUAGACAUGAACUGUACACACUAUACAAAAAAAAAAUCAAGGUGGGCAAUACCAUUUUGGGACAAGCCUCUGUUUAAAUUAUACACAGCUCAAUGCAAUAUUUUUACGGAAAAUAUAUAAAUACUUUUUCUUUCUAUGUUACAGGUAUACAAUAUAAAUCAGAUUUCAAUGUCUGUUCAGUGACCUACAAACACUAGAACCUCCAAAUAUGUAGCAGCGUAUUACUAAAUAAAAAAAGACCAUGUGGGGCAGGGAGAAUAAGUCUUGAUUUACCUCGAUCCCUUCCCUCCUCAGAAAGAUUAAUGUACAUCAUCUCUUGUAAUGCAGCGUUAGGGAUUCUGACAGCCAAUAAUGGAAAAGUUUUUCAAUUAAAUCUACAAAACGUCUGCCUUUCCCCCCUAAGACAUUGCAUCUUGUGCUAAAACAACCUAUUCAGUGGCAAAAUGGCAUGUUACACUUUUUGGCAUAAAUUACAUUUCUCAAAUUAAAUAGUGUAUUUUACAAAGCAAUUCAAGCAAAAUGUGCAAUUUCUGCAUGCUGUGGCAUUGCUAUCCAUCUAAUUUUACAAAAAUAGUCCAAAGAAAAUCCACAUUCUUUGCUGAACAUAUAAGUCUGUUGCAAACAAAAAUAUCCAGGGAACCAGAAUUAGGAGUUAAACAAACAAAACAAAAAUACCCAAGGAGCUGAGGGCUUCUAGCAAGAUACAGACAUGGUUUCUAGCAUGUUCCCAAAGGUCUUUUACAGUCUUCAGAUUUUACUCUCAUCUAGUAUACCCUUUAAUAAGCACAUGGUAGUAAAGGUUAACCAAAAAUAUAACAGUAAAUAGGGGACCUGUUUUCAAAUGCCUCCACAGCAAAGCACCGUUUAACAGGACUUCCUGUGCAGGCCUGCCAGGAGAUGAGUGGAAACCUUGGAGACACUCCAAAACCUGGCAAAAAUUCUUCCUUUAAGAUUUCUCAUCUUGAACUUACUAUACUCACUUUACAAGGGUAACACAAGUUUCCUGAAGUCCCGAUACCAAGAUCAAAACAUAGACUAAGAUGAAGACCACCAGCUGUCUCAUCUCUCACCAGGCUUUAAUUAUUACCUACCUCUUGAAAUAUUUCUAGACUAGCUCGCUCUCCCUCUCUUUAUGCACCUAUUAAAGGUGCUAAGAGUUUUCUUAAGCUUCUCACUGCUUAUUACAAUUCUUUCUUUCAGGAUCACUACGCAUGCUUUAAAGUAGAAUGACAAGAAGAUGAAUGCUAUUAAUGGUCAUUGAGGCCAAGUAGAUAUUUUAAAAUGCUUAUAAAAGGUAGCUAACCACAGUGUGCCAAGCCACUGUCCACUAAACUACUGAAUACUUGAGUACUGGGUCUCGGGGGGGUUUUUAAAAAAAAAAAAAAAAAUCCAGUCAAAUAAGAACAGUCAGAUAGGAAAAGCAACUCAGGAUUUCACGUAUAACGUGCCAAAGCCCUAACAUACAAGUAAGCACAUACUCACAGUUAGGCACCUCAACACAUCUACAAACCCCAAGUGGUGUCAGUGAGAGUUAGGUGCAUCCAACAUCCCUGAAUUUCUGAUGCCUGAAAGUCAGUCUCUCUCUCUCUCUCUCUCUCUCUCUCAAAAAGGAUACUCACACCACCCAGCUCCGUCCUCUUCUACACUCAGUGGAGAGAGACAGGCUCUCCAGGAAAUAAUCCAGAUUCUUUUGAUUAGAUUUCUGCCUUAAACUGCCCUUUGGUGGAAACUGUCCCUUUCCACUGACUAUAAAAAAGGAGAUUAAGGAAAUUAGCCAGCUAAUUUAGUAGACUAUAUUCAAUUGGUUUCAUAUCCAGCAUCUAUUUUCCCACUAAGGGUUUAACCUCAGACCUGUCUGAAUGUUUUCUGUGCUAGCAUGUUUAAUCAUUCGGGAGUUUUCUUUGCCACAGCAAACAAACUAUAUUUGCAUAUGGUAUAACUGAGUACUAUAUGCUUUACCAUUUAUUUAAUAGUAUCACAAAUUGUUAGGACUGGAAAAAUAGAAAAUGGAUGGUCUAUCAGCUUGCUACCCUUUCCAGGAAAAUGGGAGGAUUUUCUAUUACACUUAAUGUAUGCAGACUUUUUAUUUAUUACUGUUUUUUUUUUUCCCGAAGUUUUAUCAUGAAGCAAAAUAAAAUCCCCAAAUGAGAACUUUGAAAGGGAUAUUUUACAAAAGAAAUUGAUAAAAUUAGAAAUUCACAGUUUUAUAACUAGGCCAAUAUCAAAUUCCUUCAAUUAUAAUACCCCUUCACUUGCCAAUUAAAAAGAAAUAUUAAUGUGAGCUUAAUAUAAACUAAUUCUAGAAAUGUUUAUGUUAUGUAUAGCAUGGACUUUACGUCCAUUAUGCAUAAUUUGUUGAAAUCUACUGACACUCAUACACUUUUAGAAAGAAAAUCACGGUUUAUAACUGAACUUGCAGCAAUAAUUAGUUUGUCAAGUUUUGUUGUCAUGGAUCCCCACACAAACUGAGUAUGUCAGAAUCUAUAAGCAUUUCAGGAUGGAGAAUCUUUUUAAAGUAUUCUGGCAUCUCUUUUGCUUACCUUUUUAAUAAUCAGAGGCCUUCCUAUUGCCUUUUCUACAUUAAGUGCUAUGGAUUAAACUGGUAACAAAUUAACCUUUUUUUUUUUUUUUUUUUUAAAUACAGGUGAUAACACUUGUUUAUUUUGCUUCAACUGCAGAAAAAUAACACGGAGUUGUUUGAUGUAACCCCAUCUAGUUAUUCAAACAAAUCUCUUACACUCUAGCCUAACUGAGGUAGUGUUUGAAACUACUGUAUAAGAUAUGCUAGUCCCACUCUUGGGAACACUACAUUAUUUCCUUUGGAGUUUACACCACUAUUUGGUCUACUGUGACUGACAUUUUGGUUUUACAGAAGCAUUUAUUUCUUACGACCAGAGAAGUUCAAUAGUUACUGGUGGGUAUGUUUUCAAAGCUUUUCAAACACAUUUCAACACAUAAAUGUAUUAUUUGUGUCACUGACCACGGAGGAGUUGAAUCGGUUUCUUUUUGCUCUUUCUUUCAAUGGGAACUCACGAAAAAAUAAUAUAGGAAACUAAAUUUGACUACGAGCAGCAACUUACAGAUCUGCUUUACCAGAACCUGACGGUAUGCAGUGCACGUAAGAACUCAGUGAAGUGAUCUCUGCCAAGCAGUGCUGAUGUGGCAAGAUGAUAUUUCCACUAAGAGCAAAUAAAUUCUACAUUUCAGUACAAAUCAUGUUAUGCUGUUAACGGUUCACAGACCUACUUAUGGAAGUCUCCAGUAGCAUAGCUAGUAAGAUCAGGGUUAUGAGUAUUAGGAUAAAUUUCACUUAUCUUCAUCUAAGUAUUAAUCUGACAAUUAUUUUAAAAAAAAAAUGGUAAGAGCGAAUGGAAAAAAAAUACAUUCUACCUAGUACAGUCCAGCUGAAUUAUUCACCUAUAUCAAAAUCAAAGGGUAACCCUUUCUAUUACAGGUAUUCUAACAAAGAUGGCCAUGCUACUGUAUAUAUACAUUUGCAUAUAUUUAUAUUACCCUUUUAUAAAGGCUUCUGAAUCUUUAAAUGCAUGACAGAAGCGGUGGGGAUACUUAAUUUUUUUUUUUUUCUUCAAACUUGCACUCAUUAGUUUAACCACCUCACUAGUGACAUGAUAAAGGCAAUUGUUUUCCCCUAGCAGUCAGUGUAUCAUGUAACUUGUGCAACAGGUCUCAAUACCAAUAUAAAUUUGUAAGUACUGCUGCUUCAAAAUUUGGUUCUUAAGGCUUUUCACUACAAUUUUUAGUACUAUCUGAUGCUUGAUCACUCAUACAUUGAAAUUCAAGCAAACCUUUGUUUCUAUAAAAGGCUGUUUCCAUGGAGCGUGGAAACUGCUUAUUUACUAUGUCGUCUUACAAAAGCAGCAAUGAUUAAAUGUUUUCAAGUUCAGUUGAUACAAUAUUCAUUUAUCUGAUAAAAAUCAUGCUUGUUAAAGGUUUUCAAUUAAGAAUAUGACCAACAUACAUACCAUAUGAGCAUGAGUCUAGGAUCUUCAAACACGUGCAUAUCAUUCAGGGAAAACAAUCUGAUUUCAGCAUUUUAAGUCUAAAUCAUUUUUUGCUUUUAAAUCAAACUGUAGUGAAAAUCCUUAACUGGUCGCGAUAAGAUACAUAUAUGUAAAUGCAAUGAAACUGGAGAGACUGCUAAUAAAAUGACUUACAACUAUAGUAAUAUUAAAAUAACUUAAAGAAUACCUCAGGUUCACAGAGGCUUUUCUUGCUGUCUGAAAUUUAACCCCCCCC